UCAACCGCCGAUAGAUACCGUUGAGAGCAGGAGUGGACUAUGCGUCAUAGUCCAUUUGUGCUCUAUGCUCUCCGUCCACUGCCAUUGCGCGUGACGCCGGCGAACGAAAGACUUGUGUAUUUAGUGUGGAACAACGUAUUGGACCAGUGACCACGUGGACGUGUAUUUCAGUUGAUCAGCAUGGCAGCCCCUGCGAAAAGCGUGGAGGAGCAAUUGGAAGAGAUGUUUGCGUCCGAUGGGGAAGUGCCGGGAGACGCGAGAGCGAGCACGGCUGCAGCAACAACUGUUCCAGAGGACGUGCCAGAGACGAACGACGAUGCCGUGGUACGGAGCCGAGGAAAGAAGCGCCUUAGAAACGAAGAUAAAUGGCUUCGUAACGUUAGGAAAGAACGGAGAGCUCUAGGUCAAGAGUAUGUAAACCGUAAGGGUAACCUUGUACCUCGAAAGGAAUUGCGGAAAAUCAGCGAGUGUACGUGCCGGUAUGAGUGCCACAAACACAUCAACGAAGAACAGCAGGAACAAGUGUUCAAUGAGUUUAAUAAUUUAGGCAGCCACGAUCUGCAGUCGGCUUUCCUGUUUACCAUGAUUAAAGUCGUUGAUAAAGCACGGUCUUACAAAACUAGUGUACUGCAUGAGAGAGAAGUUGGCAGGCAGUCGCUGAUAAAAGAAGAAAAGAAUAACGCCAGGGAUGGGCGGGGGCGGACGCCGCUGCACCGGGCGGCAGAGAGGGGCCACGCAGAGGCGGCGGCUGAUCUCCUCCUGGCGGGGGCGGACAGGGGGGCCCGGGAUGACAAAGGCAGGACCCCCCUGUACAUCGCCAGGCAGAACAGAAAGCGGCUGCUGGUGGAUAUGCUGAGACAACGCUGA